ACAUCUUCCAUUCAUCUCUCCAGCCCUUUAUAACUUUUGGGCCGAGUUACUCUCCACUGUUUUUGUGUCAUACGCUGAAUCCUUGAAGAUACCAGGGAAUGGUACCAAAAAACUCAUUCCAACGAAGGUCACAACUUACCCUGCCUCGCGAAAACAGUUUCAGGGACUCUGUUGGAUGUUCCACGUCCGACCUCGAGGACGAAUUCAUGCCAUCGCUGAGUUCACCGCGAUAUUCCGCAUCUCCUGCUCAUAUCCGACCGUCUCCACCCUCUAAUCGACUCUCUCAAGAGCCUGUACCUCAGUCUCGGCGAGGUACAUCCUCGUCAAUAUUUACGGCCUCACUGCGACUAAAACGCGUACCUGCCCCCCAUUUUCCAACUCCUAAAGAUCGUUUCCGUGCAUGUGUUCGCAAAGUGAUAUCCAUGCACCGGAAGACAACUGCCCUUUUGGGCUUCGGUCUCGCCGGUGCAGAACCUGGAGUCGACCCGCGCAGGCAGUCCGCAUAUUUUCAUUACGCACACAUUCACGAACGCUGCGAGAUCCAGAUCGCCGACUAUAGCACCGUGAGGAGCAACUUUGCAAAGAUGGAUAAUGAGCGUUUUGUACAAAUGUUGAAUGACGAGGGAAGUUCAGAGAGGGAGCCGUGGGUGAAGGUGAGGUGGAUAAAUGUAUGCGGCAUCAGCUGGGAUGUGAUGAGUGCGCUUGCCCUGAAGUAUGGCCUUCACCCGCUCGCCCUUGAAGUUAUCCUGCACAAACACGGACACACGCGCUCUAAAAUGGACUACUACAGUCAACAUCUCUUUAUCCAUGUCUUAUCUCAUACACUCGCUUCCUUUUCAUCUCCGAACUCCUACACACCAGAAGACGAAGACCUACCACGUAGCUCCUCACCAGGUCCAAUGACGCCAGGGGACUACCACGAGUAUUUCAAGGAUAACGACGUCCAUGCAGAGUCUGGGGAUGAAGGUAGCGAGAUGCAUGGCAGCAGUGCACCUGCAACCUGGCGACUUGGCAGCACCAUCAGGACUAGAAUGUUACCGAAAGCUGACACGGAGAGUGUGCCAAGGGCCAGGGAGGACGGCUUAACCCCGCUAACGCCUGCUACACGGAAAGAGAGCGCGUCCCGAAAACGUCGGGAGAAAGCUCAGAUGAUUCUCACUGAUCUGAAAAAGGCAGGCCGCGUGAACGUUUGCAUUCACCCGAUAUCAAUUUUCUUAUUGAGAGAUGGCACAGUGAUCUCUGUUAUGCCAUCCGAUUUCAUCGACUUUACAGGUUCCAUCAUGGCGCGUCUCCGACAGCCUGACACGGGGCUGCGUGCAUCUGCAGACCCUAGUCUGCUUGUUCAAAGUCUGCUCGACCUCAUCGUGGACUCUGCACUCGAGGUAGUGGAUGCAUUCCAUGAGAAGAUAUUGCAGUUGGAAUACGAUGUAUUGAUGAAGCCAGAUAUGAAAGUGGUUACAAGGCUGCAUAUGCUUUCCGGUGAUUUGAUGUUGCAUAAGCGGACCCUUGGGCCCCUCAAGACAGUGAUUUUGGGGCUACGGCGGUACGACGAGGAACGGUGUGCUGCACUUCUCUCGCCUACUGAGAAAGAGGUACAAGAGCAAAGCAAAGAGAAAGUGAAGGGGUUCAUGUCCCAUAAGAGCAAAAUAUACCUGGCGGACGUAUAUGAUCAUAUGGAAUAUAUACUUACAAGCAUGGAUAUGUUCGCAGGGAUCACAGAAAACCUGAUCAACUACACGUUCAAUAUGAAAUCACACGAGAUGAACGUAAUCAUGCACCGCCUCACCCUCGCAACUCUCAUAUUCCUCCCGCUGACAUUGCUCACGGGUUACUUUGGAAUGAAUUUCAAAUCCAUGUGGAGUGUCAAUAACCAUUCCGACGCCCUAUUUUGGAAGAUCGCGAUCCCCGUCAUGGCACUCGUGAUACCCUUAGUGGUCAGACUUCAAGCGUACUGCACAUUUCGCUGAGAGGCAGUGGGCGGCAAGGUUGUUGAUCACUUAUCAAGGGCGAGUUGGCAUGGAUGCCACUGACCGAUGGCCGCAAAAUUUAGCACGGUUGUUUUAUCUGACUUUACGCAGUUGAUCUUCCUUCAUA